GGCUCCUCUCUGCUCCCUGCUCAGUUGGGAUUUUCUCCCUGGAGGGGGAAUUUCUUGAUUUUUUUUUUUCCCCUGCUCGGUAGCACGGCUGAGGAUGGAUGCUGGAUCGGCUGGGGUGCUCAUUACACUCCUCCUCCUCUCCGUCUUGUGGUUCCUGGUCGGGAGAAGCCAUAAGAAGAGAAGCCAGCUGCCUCCUGGACCGGCCCCAUGGCCCAUUCUGGGCAACCUAUGGCAAAAGAACGUCCUGCCCCUCUACAGGACCUACGAGAAGCUCAGCAGCAGGUAUGGUCCCAUCUUCACCGUCUGGCUGGGGCCGAAGCCGGUGGUGGUGCUCUGUGGGUACGAGGUGGUGAAGGAUGCUCUGCUGGGCCACUCCGAGAAGUUCGGAGGGAGACCUGAAAUACCUCUUCAGGUGCAGCUAUCGAAAGACUACGGUUUUAUCUCCAACAACGAGAAGAAGUGGCAGGAGCUGCGGAGGUUCAGUCUCAGCACCCUGCGGGACUUUGGGAUGGGGAAGAGCUCCAUGUCGCAGCGGGUGCAGCAAGAGGCCCAGCACCUGGUGGAACUGCUGGCAAAACUCGAAGGAAAUGCCUUUGAGCCGAUGAUGUUGUUCAGACACGCAGCUGCCAAUGUGAUCUGCUCCGUUGUCUUCGGGAGCCGUUACAGCUACAGUGACAGGGCCUUUCUGGAGCUACUGAACAUGAUAGGGAAUUAUAUCAGCUUCUUUGUCUCCCCCAUCGCCAUGGUCUACAACACCUUCCCCAACAUCAUGCAUCACCUCCCGGGACCACACAGGAAAGUCCUGGCUGACUGCGAGAAGCUGAAGGACUACAUUCGAGAAAGAGUUGAGCAUCACCACCUGACGCUGGAUCCCAGCUGCCCCCGGGACUACAUCGACUGCUUCCUUAUGAAAGCGGAGAAGGAGAAGAGCAGCCCAGAGAACAUGUACAGCAACGAAGACUUGGUCAUGUCAGUAUUCAAUCUCUUUGGUGCUGGGACAGUGACUACUAGCAACACCCUGGUCUUCUUCCUCUUGAUCCUGGCAAAAUACCCCCAUAUUCAAACCAAGGUCCAAGAGGAGAUUGACAUGGUGGUGGGCGCUGGUCGUGCUCCCAACACGGAGGACAAGCUGAGGAUGCCAUACACCAACGCAGUGAUCCAUGAGCUGCAGCGCGUCCACAUAACCCGCGUCGAGAACUUCCCGCGGAUGACGACGCAGGAUGUCAUGUUCAGGGGCCACACCAUCCCCAAGGGCACGACUGUUAUUCCCGUAUUUUCUUCCGUGCAUAUGGAUCCAACCCAGUGGAAGAACCCCAAAGAAAUCGACCCAGGUCACUUCUUGGAUGAGAAGGGCGAGUUCAGGAAGCGUGAAGCCUUCAUGGCUUUCUCGGCAGGGAAGCGGAUGUGCCCAGGGGAGGCACUGGCCCGCAUCGAGCUCUUCCUUUUCCUCACCACGCUGCUGCAGAACUUCACCUUCCAGCUCGCUAUCGACUACGAGGAGACAGAUUUACUCUCCUUAUGGGCUGAGAUAGAGAAGAAGGCAAUACCAGGCAAGUUCUUCGCUAUUCGGCGCCUGGUGUCCUCUUAAGCAGAGAGCAGCGGGGAGAAGGAAGGGGUCUUCCAGGUGCCUUCACUUCUGAAAUCAGAGCAAGCCAUGCGACCACGAACGCUACAGCAGCAGCCACCAGGCAAAAGAGCUUCUGCUUUGGGCUUCGAGCUUCUCCUCAAAGAAUUGCCAGGCAUCUCUGCCGCCAGCUCCAUGGGCAACCUGCUCCCAACCCUUCCCCUCCACAUCCCAGUAACACGAGGAAGACAGCACUGGUUUUCGUCCCCCUGUACCCAUCAGCUCUGAUUGAGCCCCCAGCUCCUUGUGGCAGGGCUACCUGUUGCAUCCCGGGCUGAGCUGGGCGCUCCCUCGUUUUGGUGAGAGAUUAAAAGAGUGCUUCUACAAUAAAAAUCACCAUCGUAAGUGGA